AUGAGUGUCUACGGUGGGUCGGUGCUCAACUGGACGAGUGUGACUGGUUGUGUAGGCAUCCCAAACCUGCAGCUCAAGAUGAUCAACGAUCCCGAACGCGAAGAUGCCAUAGGUACCAUCUACAACGAAGCCGAACCUCCAUCUCGAUUACGCCUCAUGAUAGGGACAUACAAGAAUCAGACGAUAUGUGAAGUUCGUACAGAAUAUGUUCAGGCUCAGAUCCGUUGCUCCAGGGCCGCAGACAAUGCUGAUCUUGCUUGUUUUGUCGAAAGAAUGCGGCAUGACCCAAGUUUUGCUGGUUCCGGGAAUCUUAUGGCGCUUGAUAUUGGUCUGAAUUACACGAUACUUCAGCAGAUCCCCUGGACCUUUGCAAGCAGUCAUCCAGGUGAACCCAGUAUCUUGGAAAUGUGGCUGAAAGACCCCACUACAGCUUUCAAUACCGACGAAUUUCUCAAUAUAGGAAACGUCGAGUUCUGGUACAAGGAUAUCUCGCUUGGGCUCUUUGCGGAUCGAUUGGCAAUGGUGUUGAACACUCAUCUUCGCGCUUCCUUACAGAUGAGCUACAUUGUCGGAAGUGAUGGAUUGGCCCUCAAGAACGAAAGCCAGUCAUGGGCGCAGGCUAAUGGUACAUGGGCCGAAAAAAUCAGUCUGCGUUAUCAGUUGAAUAAGGUUUGGUUUCUACUCUAUCUUCUCUCAGCCAUUGUCCGAGUCAUAUGCGCGUUGGCAAACAUUGUACUCAGAACAAUCAUUCAUAUACCGGACUUCCUAGACAGCGUAUCGACGUUGACAAGGGACUCGAACUACAUACACGUUGCGACACCCGGUAGUACUCUAAACGGGAUAGAUCGAUCAAAGCUACUACGAGACAAACAUAUCAUGGUGCAAGAUGUCCAGCCCGAGAAUGAAGUUGGAAGACUCGCCUUAAGCGAUUCUCUACGUUCAAUCUCGGUUCAGCAAGAUCGAAUAUAUAUCUAG